AUGCAGGGUGAGCUCCUAAAUGACAACUUAGAUAAAUUGCUGUCAUUCUUGCUCCAAAGGUAUCAAAAGCAGGAACAGAUCACAGUGGAAGAAAUGCUGCAUGUUGUGGACUAUGAUUAUCAUGUGCACUGCCCUCUGAUCUUCAGGCUUCUCUGUGAGUGCAUGUAUCUGAAUUUUGACAUUGAUCUGAAGGAAGUGGAUGCUCCUGGCCACACCUAUGAGCCUGUCCCCAUCUUGGGCCUCACUGAUAAUGGGAUACUAGAUAACGAGGUCCAGAUCUCUCCCAAAGCAGAGCUCCUGAUACUCAUACUGAGUACAAUCAUUAUAAAAGGCAAGCAACUUAGUGAGGGAGGCCUAAGAGACCUACUGAGAAACAGGCAGGCAUUAGGUGAGAGGCAGCACGUUACUGGGGAUCCCUGGAAAUUCAUCACAGAAGAUUUGGUUCAGGAAGGGUACCUUGUGUACCAGCAGGUUCCUAACAGUGAUUCUGCUCGAUAUGAGUUCCUGUGGGGUCUGAGAGCCCACGCUGAAACCACCCAGAUGAAAGUCCUGAUGCACAUGUUCAGCCUUCAUAGGACAGAUCUGAAAUCUUACCCACAUAUACACAAGCAGUCUCUGAAAAAGACAAAUGGUAAAUUGAGGGCCCAUAAAGGUCAGAAUGAGUGA